AUGAACGAAGCAAGCACGGCAGGACCAACAGAAAGAAGGAGAGCUGUCCCUGGCCGGAAGAGCGGACUGGCAAGAAAACGUCAACAUCCAGAGCAGCUAGAGGUUACAGUUCCAGUCGUGUUCAAGCAACACCUUCGGAGUGGAGAUGCGGCCCAUGUUGUGAUAGAGGUGCUGCGACACGUGCUCUUCAUGAGAGGACAGCUGCCGAUGCCGUUCCAACAGCUUGUGAAGGUGCUAGACGAACGCGAAGAGCGGGACGAAGUCGACCGACAACAAAAGUCAGCGGCGGCGGCGGCAGCAGCAGCAGCAUUGGCUGCCAGGGAAGGGAGGGGCAGGACGCGAGAGGGAGGAGACGCACUGGGUAGUGGUCUAACUGAAACGGUUGGCAGGAGGAGGAGCAAAAAGGCCAAGAGCGGACGACCUCUGGCGAAAGCCCCUCCGCACCGUAGGGCACGGAAAAGCUUGCGGGCGUUGGCGGAGACUACCCUGGCCGUGGAAGAGGCGUUUGCGGACGCCGCCAGGAAGGGGCGUCCUGUGUUGGAAGCCCUCGUCCUGCUGGGAGCGUCGCACCUCUCUCCAAGAAAGAUUUACUCCGUGACGUUUACCGGGUCUUCUCUCGAUGAGAGCUCCGAGAGCAAGGACACUGCGACGAGGAAUACUGCGAGCGGCGGUGAUGUUCGGGGCAAGAGCAACCUAGCCGAUGCGUACUCGCGAACAUUGGUGCGAAGUAUGGUCGGGAAAAUGUCCAGCAUGCCACUUCGUGGGCUAGGAUCAUGCCGAGUGCACCUCUUCCUGCGAAUCGCGGAGGGCCCCGUCCCGGACAUUUGCACCGCCGUGCCUGUCGCGAACGAGACCAUGGUCCCAGCUUCUUCGGCUCUGACAAGCAAGACGGUAAUGAUGGUGUUUACGCUGAAACGCUGCCGUACUUUGGAAAAGCCCUUGGGAACGCAGGAGUAGAACUGACAACGGUUUGCCGACGACGCACAAAAUCUGCUCACGUCAGAUUCGGGUGGAUAUUCUUGGACAAAAAACAUUAUUUUUUCUCGUUACUCGGUUUUGUACGUUGGUCGAGCCAUUCGUGGUUGAAUUAUUAAAGGCCCGUGGCGCGCCGGACUAACAUGCCGAAAGACAACUCUACAACCCUACUUAUACAGCAUCCAUCAUCAAUCAUUUCAUCCAUCAACGCUUCUUGGCUCUUCACUCCUUUCUCUGCCGCUUCAAUCCCCCACGUCCUUGUCUCCCCCCCCCCCCCCCGGGGUUUUAACCAGAUGGCGAGCACAGCAAGCACCAGGAGUAGUGUCAACAGCGGCGGCAGCAGCAGCACUGGCCCUUCCUCCGGCAAUUCUAUCGUCCAACGCCUUACACCUCGGCCUGGCUUCAAGAUUCGGAUUUCGCGUUCUCGCCCCGCCCCGAAG